GAAAAAAAAAACCGUGUACGUUAUCGUUUCAAGCAAGCCACCGGUUGCCAUAGAACCGGCGCCGGCGAACACUCCAUAACAGCCCGUCGCGCCGGCCAAAGCAACCGCUUCGGCUAACCACAUUCCAAUGGCUGCAACCCUUCUUCCCACUACCAAAUCUCCUCCCCCCUGGCUCCUCCUCUCAUCUGAAAGGCUCCAUCCAGUUUAUUUCUCCGUCCAGUUACCCAAAUUCAACAAUAGCAAUGGACCCCUAUGCUCCACGUCUAAAUUCAGGCCUCCGCUAGCCUUUCCGAGCUCAUUUUCUUUAAAUAAUGUCGUCGAUUCUAAUUUCGAGGCCUCCACUCUCCGCGAGAUCUGCGAUGGACAUGUUCCCGACCAUAUACUGCGCAGGGCUGAGGAGAUUGGAUUUGUUGCCCCAACUGAUGUGCAGAGGCAAGCUCUUCCAGUUCUGUUUUCUGGCCGGGAUUGCGUGCUUCAUGCGCAGACAGGUUCUGGGAAGACGCUGACAUAUUUGCUAUUGAUAUUCUCCAUCAUAAACGCUCAGAGAUCAGCUGUGCAAGCUCUGGUUGUAGUGCCCACUCGGGAGCUUGGAAUGCAAGUUACAAAAGUUGCUAGGAUGUUGGCCGCAAAGUCUGCAGCGUCCGAACUUGGGCAGAAAUCUUAUGUUGUCAUGGCUCUUUUAGAUGGAGGCUUGUUGAGGAGACACAAGAAUUGGUUAAAGGCAGAUCCCCCUGCAAUACUGGUGGCAACAGUUGGGAGCUUGUGCCAAAUGGUAGAGAGGCAAUUUCUGGAUCUUGGUUCACUGAAUGUGCUGGUAAUUGAUGAGGUUGAUUUCAUGUUUAGUUCCUCAAAGCAAGUUAGUUCUCUUAAAAAACUCUUGACAUCAUAUUCUUCAUUCAGUAAUCGUCAGACCAUCUUUGCAAGUGCAUCGAUUCCCCAGCAUAGGCAUUUUCUUCAUGAUUGUAUACAGCAGAAGUGGACCAAAAAUGAUGUGAUGCAUAUUCAUGUUAACCCAAUGCAGCCCAUGCCAUCAUGUCUACUCCAUAGAUUUGUGAUAUGUGACAAGAACAAAAAGCACCAAACCUUCCGUUCCUUAUUACUAACAGAUGAACCUCAAUCUGCAAUCAUUUUUGUCAGUGAGCAGUCAGAGAAGUCAAAGAAGGCUGGAAAUAUUUCACCAACAACUAUGAUGAUUGAUUUCUUGAAGACUUCAUAUGGUGGCUAUUCGGAUAUCAUCCUUCUCGAGGAAGACAUGAAUUACAAUUUACGAGCAUCUUCCCUAUCGGAAGUGAGACAAGGGGGAGGUUAUCUUAUUGUAGCAACUGACAUAGUGGCCAGGGGGAUUGACUUGCCCGAAACUACUCAUAUUUACAACUUCGAUCUGCCUCGAACUGCCAUCGACUAUCUUCAUCGAGCUGGACGAACAGGUAGGAAACCGUUUUCGAAGGAGAAAUGUGUGGUUAACAACCUUAUAACAUCACAAGAAAGAUUUGUUCUGCAGAAAUUUGAAAAUGAACUGCUGUUUUUCUGUGAGGAGCUGGUUGUUUAGAUGGUAAAUUUCAACUUCGACAUUUAUAUGAUGCUGAUCAUAGAGUUUGAGAUAUCAUAUAGUUCUUAAUUUUGGGCUAAACAGGUAGAUAUGAAUUUUAUUUUAAUUUUUUUGGACAA